AUGCCGAUGUUUUAUGAGGGCAUUACUUUCGAAUGUAUUUCGACUUGGAGAGAACGCACUUCAUCACCCAUCCAGCCCCACUAUUGUUAUAAUAUGGAGCAGCCGGGCAGUACUCUCCAAACAAGAAGCGUGAAGAAUGUUCGCUAUGGGAAAAGCAUUGCCAUACUUUCUUGUGUUUUGUACAUUUUGGCGGUGGCCAAGCUUUUUAUUCCACUUCUGACCGACGCUCGAAAACUAGAAGACGCCAUUGCCACAGAAAAAAAGCGUCUAUUGGUGGACAAGAUAAAGGAGGAGAAGAUGCUUCAUACUUUUACGGUUCAGCAGAACUUAGCUAACAACGUCUCGGUUCAUUUUAGCAACCACUUGACGGAGAAGGAGAGAACCUCUUCCGAACGUCCCCAAAUCGUGGAGAGGGAAACGCUAAGAACAAAUUCGCUUGUCGCUAUCCGCAGCGACGAAGUGUCAAGCACAAAUCUCGGGAAUGCAACAACAAUUGAACCGGGUCCACCGCCCUCGUCACAACAUUACCCCAAAGGGACAAACUCGACAAAAGACAAUGCUCCACUCACAAGGGGCAAACCUAGACCAUACGACGUGGACGUGGGCGACAAAGCAUUCCUUAGUUCUCUUUCUUGGGAAGUCUUGCUGAAACUACCACAAUGUCGAGGUAAGAGAAGAUUGCUCGAGAUUCUUUCGGCUGCUGGUCUGAGCGCGGGUGACAUUAAAGCUCGCUGUAAGUACCUUCCGCUUUGGCAUGAAGUCGCAUCGCUUUACGGAGAAGAACCGAUUAUAUUAGGCUUGGAGACGUGUGCGGAGUAUCGGCGGUCCGUCAACACCAAUGAUCCCAGAACGAAACGCCUGAACGGACUACGAAUUGCUGGCUUGUACAAUUCAGGGACCAAUGCUUUAUGGAAGACAAUCGUAAUGAAUGUGGAGGGUCGGAAAAGUAUCGAAAACGACUGGGGAGAUCCGGGACCAUCAGUUCCAUGGGGUAAACACAUGCCACCCCGGUAUCGCUUUUCCAAUCGCUUUCUUCCGGAUGAUCCUCUCAACGUGAUGCCUGUUGUCAUUGUUCGAGAUCCGUAUCGAUGGUUGGCCGCAAUGUGCAAAGCACCGUAUGAUGCCAGAUGGCAGAGAUCUCCGUACCAUUGUCCAAAUUUGGCUAUCGCGGACAAGGAAAAAGAGAUAUUCGGAAAUUUCACGAAGCCAUUUCAAGUAGCACUCUCGGCUCGUCAAACCGGUUUUGCGUUUACGGACUAUUACGAUACAUUGGCAGAUCUCUGGUCGACCUUUCACGAAGAAUAUAUCAACGCCACUUUUCCGAGAGUUUUUGUUCGUUUUGAGGAUACGAUAUACCACGCCGAGAAGGUAUUGAAGGCUUUGACGGAAUGCGUUGGGAUUCCAAUCGCUCGCAAGUUUCGCUAUUUGCUCGAAAAGCCCAAGAAGCACGGAAAUCCUUCCGAUUUUGUCACGGCACUUGUCAAGUAUGGGUCUAGUCAGGGUCGCUUUCGAGGAAUGCUCGUUGAAGAUCACGAGUAUGCCCAAAAGCGAUUCCCGGCCGAUUUCUUGGCUGCGCUACAUUAUUCGCAUGCAACCCUAAAUCCAUUGUCCAAACGUGGUGGACCAAACGGCACAAUGGACAUCCUUCGGUGA